UUCUCCCCACGGAGCUCUAGGAUGUGGAUGUGAGAAAGGUGAGCCAAGAAGGAAGAUGGCAAUGAGGAGCAGCCCUAGCCCCAUGCCCCUGGGCAUGGCUCAGGGUGACCCUGGAGAGGCAGGAACACUGCCAGGUCCCGAUGCUGGCAUCCGGGACACGGGUUCGGCCACUCAGCUGAAGAUGAAGCCCAAGAAGGUGCGCAAGAUCAAGGCCCUCAUCAUCGACCUGGGCUCCCAGUACUGUAAGUGUGGCUAUGCGGGCGAGCCGAGGCCCACCUACUUCAUCUCCUCCACUGUGGGCAGGCGCUACUCUGAGGCGACUGAUGCUGGUGACACCCGCAAGGAGACCUACGUGGGCCACGAGCUGCUCAACAUGGAGGCACCCCUGAAGCUGAUGAACCCGCUCAAAUACGGCAUCGUGGUGGACUGGGACUGCGUCCAGAGCAUCUGGGAGUACGUCUUCCACACGGCCAUGAAGAUCCUCCCCGAGGAGCAUGCGGUGCUGGUCUCUGACCCCCCCCUCAGCCCCAGCAGUAACAGGGAGAAGUACGCGGAGCUCAUGUUUGAGACCUUUGGCAUCCCUGCCAUGCAUGUGACGUCCCAGUCGCUGCUGUCCAUCUACUCCUACGGCAAGACCUCGGGCCUGGUGGUGGAGAGCGGACACGGCGUCUCGCAUGUGGUGCCCAUCUCGGAGGGCGACGUGCUGCCGGGCCUGACAGGCCGAGCCGACUACGCUGGGAGCGACCUCACCAACUACCUGCUGCAGCUGCUCAACGAGGCCGGCCACAAGUUCACGGACGACCACCUGCACAUCAUCGAGCACAUUAAGAAGAAGUGCUGCUACUCGGCACUCCUGCCCGAGCAGGAGCUCGGCCUGUGCCUGGAGGAGAUGCGCGUGGACUACGAGCUCCCCGACGGCAAGCUCAUCACUAUUGGCCGGGAGCGCUUCCAGUGCGCCGAGAUGCUCUUCAAACCUGCCCUAGUGGGCAGCAACCAGCCCGGCCUCCCCACGCUCACGGCUGCCUGCCUGGAGCGCUGCCAAGAGGCGGGCUUCAAGGAGGAGAUGGCGGCCAACGUGCUGCUGUGCGGUGGCUGUACCAUGCUGGAUGGCUUCCCCGAGCGCUUCCAGAGGGAGCUGAACCUCCUCUGCCCCGGGGCCAGUCCUGCGGUGUCUGCUGCUCCGGAGCGGAAGACCUCCGUGUGGACCGGCGGCUCCAUCCUGGCCUCCCUGCAGGCCUUCCAGCAGCUCUGGGUCAGCAAGGAAGAGUUCGAGGAGCGGGGCAGUGCCGCUGUCUAUGGCAAGUGUUGAGCGGCGGGGCCCUGACAGGCAGGGCCUGGUGGGCAGGCGGCCUGCGACCGCUCUACACAUGCACAGAAGUUCCCAUUAAACCUUCACGUGCAGU